AUGUUACAAGUUUCAACUCCACCCGUUAUCAUGUCUGGAUCUCCUACACGUUCCGUUUUAACAUCUGCCACAGAUAGUCCAAUGACCCCAAAAAGAUUAUCUCAAGGUAAACUUGCGCCAAGUCAUAACAUUUUCAUGGUAAGUAUUGAUGGAUCACCAAAAGUGAAUAAGAAUAACAGCAGUAAAGCUGCUGCUUCACCAUCGAUAGGAAUCUCUUCUUCGUCUUCCAAGGUGAUCGAAUCAUUACAUGACCAAAUUGAUACAUUGACCAACACUAAUCUACAAUUAACCAUCCAAUCUCAUAGUCUGCUGGAAAAAUUGGAUGCUGCUCAACAGAAGGAAUCUCAAUUCCAUGAAAAUAUUACAUCUUUAAGACAUGAAAAUGAGAAUCUUAAUUCGAUGUUGAGUAGAAAAACAAGGAAAUUAAAAGAUACUGAAGAUGAAUUAAAUGAAUUAAAACAAAAAUUCGAUCAAAUGUUAAAAGAAAAUACUUCAUUGAAAUCUAAUGUUGAGCAAUCCACUCUUAAAGAAACACAAUUACAAGAACAGUCUGAAUUGUACAAGGCUCAAUACGAUGCAAUUGUUGAAUCUCAACAAUAUUAUAGAAAUCAUUAUAAUUCCGAAGUUACUGAAUUGAAACAACAAAUUGAAGAAUUAAAGAAGAGUCAAAUCAACCAAUUACAAAAAAUUAAAGAACAUCAUUUAAGUAUUGAUGACAAAAUGGAUCAUUUCCAUAAGAAAUAUAAAGAUAUGAAGGAAUUGGAAGAUAGUCGUUAUGCAUUUUUGGAUGUGAAAUGUCAAGAGGCUAUUUCUGAAUUAGAUUUGCCAAGUUGGGUAAGAUUAUACAAAGAAUCCAAGAAUCAAUUAUUUGAUUAUUCUGACAAGAUGCAACUGAACAUAAGUGAUAAGUAUAAAGAUCUUGCCAGAGAUGAAGCAUUGGUUGCGUUGGAAGGCAAAACAAAUACUCAAUUAAAUUCAAUAAUCAAUGAAAAUAGCAAUAAUAGCAUUAGUAAUAAUAAUAGCGUCCCAUUACGAAUGAGUAAACGAAGUUCGUACAUAAACACACAGCAGCAGCAACAGCAGCAGCAAAUGCCAUAUCAUAGCUAUAAUAAUGUAAAUAGUAGUACAUCUAGUAAUUUGACGCCCACCACAUCUAAUUCAAAUAACAACGGAUCCAUCAAGAGAAAAAGUUUCUACGGUGGUACAAUGCCUGUUUCCAAUACUCAAAGUACUGGCUCUCAGGGAACACUGCCAGGCGUUAAGAGAUCUGGAUCUGUCAGAAAAGCAAGUGUCAACAGAAGAUCUUUAUCUGCUGGUGAUGGGCCAUUAAGUCAACAGAACCAACAGAGAAUUCCAUCUCAAAAUUUCAACUCAAGUAUGAAUCCUAAUGUUAAUGGUAACGGUCCAUACAUGAGAAACCAAUCCCAACCUAUUAGUGACAAAUAA